CCCGCGCGGACCUCAGAGUUUCUAGGUUUGUGUCAUUCUCCGCUCCCUUAAAGAAGCCCUUGGCGUCGCCGCAGCGGACUUCGGCAACGGCGUCGGCCCCAACGGCACCAUGGCCGUUCCGUGGGACCUUCUGGCAAACCUGCAGGGGGGCCUUUCGAGCGUGCCGAAGAUCGUCGAAAACGUGAGCAGGAUCCCGAGUUUCGCCGCCAAUCGCAUCGAGAAGGCCGUGUUUGUGGUGAAGACAGGCGUGGACAUGGCGGCUGCCAUCCAUGGGGCUGCAUCCAGGGCGGCCGAGCGCGUUUCCGCCGGUGUAGCCAAUUUGAGCCGUGGGGCCACGAGCGUCGCUUGGAGUGCAGGGCGGACAUCGGAAGCGAUCGCGGGGCUUCCCCUCUCGCUCUCCAGGGUCGGCGUCGCGCUCGUGGAUGUGUCUGGCCGGCCCGUCCGGGCUGCGCAGUUGGCAGGAGUGCUGGCCGCUGCCGCCGUGGAGGGCCUGGGCAGGGGCGCCGGGGGCCUCCAGAAGCGGCUCGGCGCCACCGCCGCCCUCCCGGGCAGGGCGGCGCGGGGCGUGGCGGACGGCGCCGCCGCCCUCGGGCAGGCCGCGGCCGGCACCGGCAGGACUGUGAGCGGCGUGGCGGACGCCGUCGGGCAGGCCGCCAUUCCUGAGCGACUGACGGAGGCGGCCAGGAGCGCGUUCAUCGGCUCGUUCAUGAUAGGCCGGCGGCCGGCUGCCAGCCGAGCCGCGCCGGGCGCGGAGCUCCGCGGUGCAGACCCCUCGCCAGCGGCUGGCAGCUCGUGACGCUCGUCGGUUCCCUGAGCAGCCGUCUCACUGCAGGGACCUACGUAGCCUCAAAUCUGGGGUGGCGUUCCCUUGUUGGUGCGCUCCGACUGUGUGCGCCCAGUGUGGCCUUUUUUCUGCGCGCUUGAGCGCGCACGUGUCGAAUUCGUGCUCUGGUGGCCAGGGCUGUCGGCUCCAACAGUUGACGUUGAUUCCCUCGUUGGGAGCCUGGAGACUGAGCCUGCGCGGCCGGAGGCGGUGCCUCGACCUGCUUUCGCGGGAAGGCUCCCAAACGUUUGUUUCAAUGAUUUUCUCUCCCAGCCAAUGCUGGGCCGCGCGACCACAUUGACGCUGGCGACCUGCGCGUUCGCGGCCGCACGUCGCCGUCGCGCGGUCUAUCCGCCGGCCGGCCCUCGCCAUCCAGCUGCUUCCUCUGGCCGCCUCCCGCCACAGUGCGUGGAGUGCAGGGCUGCCCGCGCGCCGCCGUCCCAGGGCUUGCGGCGGGGACCCGCCCUGCACCCCCAGCGCCAGAUGGGUGCGUGGCAGAGGUCUCCACGCUCGCGUGGUGAGUGCAGUGCCCAGCGGGUCUUUCCAUUCCCCUCGGUCAAGGUGUUUUUCGGGAGCGACGCCGUCGAGAGGCCACAGCGCCCGCGAGACGCGUCCGCGGUGAGAGAAUUGUUUGGGCCUCGCCGCCACCCCCUCGACAAGUGCGGGCAGGUCGCGCACCAGUGCCUGGCCAGGGGGCCCCUCCUGGCGGGGCGCCGGCCCCGAGCGCCUCGGGGCACUCGGCCUGCCCGCUCGGGCCGUUCGGAGAGAGGCUCCGCUGGCCCUCGGCGGAGGAGGAGGAGUCCGGACCGGACCAGACCGGACCGGAGGCUGCGUUUUCAGGGGAGAGGAGA